AUGAGCAGCAACGUGAGGUUCAACGUCGUCGCCCCUGCACCUGCAAAGAAGAAGCAGGGCGACAACCCCAAAUCGAUCCUACCGCAUGACUUCCUCCUCAGUCUGCACGGACGGCGUGUGAUUGUUUUCCUGUCGUACAAGGACCACGAGCUGGAGGGGACACUGUCGGCUGUGGACGCCGACAAGGGCGACAUCUUUCUCGACAAGGUCGUGCACUACGCGUGGAGCCGCGGCGCCGCGGAACACGCGCGAGAUGGAACGCGUGUGGAGCUGCGACACUGCCACAGCGCCAUGGUGAACAGCCGCUACAUCGAGAUGGUCGCUCCUGCGUGA